GGAGUUUUUGUUUAGUGUUCUUCCAUCUUUUAUUAAUAUUACAUUUUCUUGGCGUUUCGAUGUGCUUUUUAUUAUUCUGUAGACACUUUCCCACAUAGUUUCUUUUUCAUGCUGGCCUCAAAAAGUCUUCCAGCUUGUGGUUUGUGCUUUGAUUACCUCUGCUUCAUAUUUUUCUUUUGAUUCUAAGUAAUCUUUUAUUACGAACUCUUUUCUGCUCUCUGCAGCGCAUCGAAUCCGUCGCUUUUUUGUGGUCAUGUUCUUUUUCAGGGUUUGCAGCUCUUGGUUCCACCGUCCUUGGUUUUUUGGGUUUGGUUUUUGGAAUGGAUUUUUCACAUACAUAUGUAAUACAAUUUCUGUACAUAGUCUUCUAGAUCUUCUUUAUUUUUUAUAUUAUUAACACUACACGUGUUAGUUUUAUCAUCUAUAAACUUAUCUUUAAUAUCCAUUUCAAACGCCUCCCAAUCUAUUCUUUUAGUGUUGUAUAUUCUAGUACUUUUUGUAUUAGGUGUAACUUCUAUUUUCACUAAAUGUUAGCGUGAAUGUGAUAGCAUUAUGAUCGGAAUUGGUUAUACCUUUAUUAACUUGCCAAUUCUUAUUUUUGGUAUAAGUGAUUCGGUGCGUGCUGUCACGUCCACUCUACUAGAGUAAAGCCUACCUCCUCUUACAACUUUAAAAAUAGGUUCAUAGCCCUCAUUUAAUAUAUACAUUUCUUUCUGUUCCAGAUAUGCUGCCCGGUCUGCACCCCGAUGGUCUUCCGACGAGCUGCCCCACCAAGUACUCCACGCGUUUGCAUCACCUGCGAUGAGCACCCUACAUCCCUUCAGUUCGUUCAAGAUUCUGGUAAGUUCACUAAGAAGAAGAAACGAUUUACUGUGAACUGGUGCAGUGGAGUGAUGACUGUCACACGGGCGACUGCACUGUUCUGGCGCAGUAUCUGGGUGCUCUGAACGAUGUGUUGUUUCCACCAAACAUGUGUUCUACUGACGGCGUCGAUUUACUCAUGCGACGUGCCAAGCAGUUCCCUGGCAUCCUAUCGCCUAAGAUUGAAAUAGCAACUAAAGUCCGCAUAGACGAGGUAUGGGAGCAGCCUUGCAAUCUGAAACCCUUGCGGGCGACCUCCUGCCACUGCAGUCCACGGGACACAGACGGUUCCCGGCAGAAGCAAGUCUGCCAUUCUGCGCAGUAUCACAGGAACAAGUGUAGUAAGCGAGCGCCUUCCGUGUCCCGCGCGAGAUCCCGGUCCCGGUCGCAGGGCUCCACUAAAUCGUGCUGCAGUCUCACCCCGGAACCAGCCAAGACAAUGUGCGGAUGCGCCAAGCAUUCCUCCCCGAGUCCCAAAAAGUCCCGGGAGUCUGUACCCCAAUCCCGCGGACGUGUACCGCGCCGUAACUGCGAAUACAAUGUUUACAACGUGGAGACCGUUGUAACUGGCAAACGACCCAGUAGUGAUGCUAGCAGCGAGUUGAGUGACGAAGAAGAAUACACAAGGUCCUUUGAUGGAUUGGAGAAGUAUAAAACUAAUCCAGUCGUACUACCAGAAGAGGACAGAAUACAUAAAUCGUUGCUAGAGAGCCGUUACAUAGACCAGGAGCCAAUCUUCGAGAGUAAACUGAAUGAGAGAGCAGUAAAGAGACAUCAUUUCCAAACCAAAUUUCAACCUUGCGUGUGUGAAAUAUGUAAAAAAUAUCAUGAAUUGUUCCACGCUAAUGACUCACGUAUUUAGACUGAUUAUGUAAAUUUAAAGCCCCAAUUCAUUGAUUGUUAGUAAAAGAAUUAUAUUUUUCAUACAAGUUACUAAAUCUGCUUGUCUUAAAAAUAGAAUUUUGGAAAAUGAACUUUAUAAUAAACUACUCAGAAUAUACAAGUACAUCAAGAUGAUUAGUGUAAACUUUUUUUGUUUUGCAAAAAUGUUUGUAUAAUGUUUGUAUUAAAUAAUUGUGUAAAAAUACUUUCGAGGGAGAUUACUUCUAAUGUACUUUAUAAGAUGUGUUUGUUUUUGAAAGCAUAAACAAAUAUGUGAUGGGCAAGUUAUAAAACUUUUACUAAUUUGUUAUUCUACUUAUAGACUCUACCUCAUGAAUGGGUUAAGAUGAUAAAUAUAGAAUUUUUGUAAUUAUUUUAAAUUAUGCUGAUCUAAUUGUGCAUUACGUAGCUUUUUAUAGAAAAAAUAUAUUAUAAUCAUAAUUUAUUUUGUUACUAAUUCAAGAAGUGUGUUCAUAUUUAAUUUAAUGUUAUUUAAAUCAUCUUAAAUUAUUUGUUAGAUAAUUAUUUGUUGAAAUUAUGAAAUAAAGACAUUUUGCAUUAGUUAAGGAGUUUUAUUGGUUAUCAUUAUUACUACUUGACACAUGUAUUCUGAAAUUAAGGUAACUUAACAAUAUUUUUUUAUAUUAAGUGAUAUGGCUCCACUUUUAUAAUUAAAACUUAAAAACAAACUAAUGUGACAGUGGCAUUUUAUAAUGUAACAAUUUGAAACAGUAUGACUGUUCAUAAAUAAUAUUUGAUAUGAUAUUAGGCACAUUGUUAAUCGAAAAGUAGUACAUAUAAUAUUUAAAAUCUUGUAUUCGCCAAAAGGGGUCAUAUUUUCUCAACAUUUUUAACGAUAGAUUGGUAUCGAUUCUGACAUGAUUCCUUAGACUUAAACUUGAAUUUGACAACAGUGUAUCCUUGUCAUUCUCUAUACAGACUGAAAAGGAGAGACUGACGUUAAAUUAAUUUUUAGAAUAGGAAAUUUUCGAAUUUUAAAUUUAGAUAAUCAUGCCAGAAUCGACACCAUUUAAAACAUAAAUUCGGUUUUACAUUAUAUUUAUUUACAAGUUCAUAACUACCUGUAUAAGAGCAUAUAUGUUUAUCUAUUAUAUCGCUCACUUUUAUAAUUUUCUUCUAAAGAAAGACAGAAAAGAAAGCGAAGGGUGAAGAGCAUUCAAUAGUCAUCACAUUUCCAUAAUAAAAUGCGGAGAAGAAUAGAGUCAUCUUAAAAUUAACUUGUGAUUUAAUGUACCUACAUAAUAAUUAUAUUUAUAUCUUCUGAAGUAAAGUAUAAUCACCAAUUUUUAUUAUCCUUUAUAAGUAAACCGCUUAACUGAGUCCUCUCCUGCGGGGUAAAGGGUGUGGGGGUGGACGAGAAUGGAGACCGUGAGAGGUGCGGGCGGCAGGCGUCCCCACGACAACGGCUAACUAGAGCAGAGGUUCGAGUGUCAGAGACAACCUCUAGUUGAGCCGACCCCCUCAGGUUCGUGGUCUAGAGGCACCAGACGGAGAGGAGACUCCCCCCGUGGAAUACCUCCAGACGCACUCUCCAAUUCUCGGGGCAAGGGGACCUCACCCCUUAGCAUCUCGCCGUCCCCAAACCCGGUGACGCUGUGAAGGUCAUCUGCGACCAACAGCAUACACACUAAAAAAAUGUGGCAGGUGCUUGUAAGUUUGACAAGAAUAUGCCUGCUGCCCGCACCUCGCACGGUCCCCAUUCUCGUCCUUCCCCACACCCUUUACCCCGCAGGCGAGGACUCAGUUAAGCGGUCUACCUAUAGUAGAAUGUGUUUUUUGAAUAAAUGCCUAAAAUUAAAUAAACUAAAUAUACGUGAACGGAAGACACUACAUAGUCAGCCUUACAUUCCAAUAAACUUAUAUUUUAUAAUAAACAUUUUGUACAUUCGUAACUUAGAUCAAUCAAUAUUUUACCAUUUUUUUAAGGUUAACAACAUUUAUAUCCAAAAUAUAUAUCUGAACAGUACCCAAUCAUACAAAAAUUUCAAGUUUAUUUUUAGUAAAACUCUGAGAACAGUAACUUAUUUCAGAAUCUCUUCUUAGUACCUGUUUUAAUGAUAUUUAACAUUGGCAUUGAAGUCGUACCUGACUUUACCAACAACCACAUUAUCUGUGUACACACGUUAAGAUACCCAAUGAAGACACACGAGUUCAUUUCGUAUCGAAACCUCACAUUUUUGUACUCACUUUUUUCCCCAAAAAUUGUCGAACCAAAAACUUUAGCUAAACCAGAGCCUUAACUUGCUUUUUGCAAUCGAUUUACAUAUAUCCAAUAAUUUGAACACAUUUUUUUAUUCUUGAACACUUAGUUUAUCAGAUGUCUCGUCAAGGCGUAUUCAUUGUGACUUUGUGACCUUUCAAGGAAGCCCUGUGCUUUCUUCUAGCGUAUUUUGUGCAGUCUAGAACGAAGGCGAAUAUUCCAAUGAUAGCAAACACUGCGUAGAAGAUGGCUAGAGCUAUAAGUACAGUUUCAUCGGUCCAUUCCCAUAGCUUGUCGGUUCUAAGGUAUUCGAAGUUGGAUAACACUUGCGUGCCGUUCGGCGGUGGGCAGGGAGACUGCACUAUUAUAUCUUGAUAAGGUCUCUGUAAGUAAAUAUAAGAGGAAAUUAGAUUAAAUUAUUUAGUGGUUUAAUUAGAGCCAAUAUUUACAGA